UAGGCCCAACACCACCUAGAUAAGUUCAGGCCUCUUCACUCCGGCGCGCCUUCGUGUGACGUCAUUCAACUUUGCCCGAGCCUCUCACGCCAACACCAACUAGCUCACGCCGUACCAGCAGCGUUUCGGCGUGUCCGGGCAUGUUGACAGGCAAGGAGGAGGGCGACCUCUCUCGAGAGAGCGAGCACCGUGGCACCGUGGUAGCCCGUAGCUUUGCGGCAGAGCCGUAAGUUGUCCGAGUGUCCGACAGGUGGCGGCAGCCGUGACAAUUAUUUCACUCUGUCGUUGAACGAGACCACGCGGCCACGCCGUGCGCGCUGUUCCGUGUUGCAGUUACCGCUUCCGCCGAAUUUAUUUUGUUGACGAAUGUAUCCUGAGACAUGGGGCGGUGUUGUGUACCCAACUGUCGAGGGAACUAUGACAAUGGUCCGAAAGUCCGCUUGUUUUCUUUUCCGAGAGACGCUAAGCGAAGAGCGGAAUGGCAGCGGGCUGUGCGACGGAGCGACGUCGACGUGAGGCUGUUGAAGGACCCCAAGGUUUGCGAGCGUCACUUCAAGUCGGAACACCUGCGCACAACGUCAACGUAUACGGACUGCGAUGGACGAACCAUUGAAGCUCCUAUGAAGUUGACACGGCUGACUCCAGACGCCUUCCCAGCCAUUUUUCCAGACUGCCCUUCGUAUAUCUCGAAUUCGCGCACGUCGCGAGAAGAGCCUGAACUGAAAAGGAAGCGGACUGAAAAUGAGCUACUCCAGAAAGCCAUACACGAGUCCCAAGCAGCGUUUGAAAAAGAAGAAAAACAGUACAAAGUUUGUAAUCUGGGUGAACUGAUUUCUCGGGUUAACGAGCGUCCAAAUAAGAAGUUUUGGUGUACAACAGCCUGCGAGACGUGCCUCAUCGUCGCCCACAUCGAACCGGCGUUGCAAGCUCCGGAGAUGCUUGUAUCUGUGGUGGUUACAGAGGAUCUGUCCGUUUCCGUGUAUUUUAAGUGCGCUCCGUUGGUGUCGGAUGAUGUGUGCAUUCCUGACGAAGUCCGUGAUGUCCGUGUGCUGGACAACCUUCUAGACAGCGUGGAGCGAUAUUGUGAAAAGAAGGCCCGUCAACAGGAGGACAAGGUGGGAGGAGUGCUUAGGCUUGUUUUAUCCUUGCUGGAUGACAUUUGUGAUGAUGAGCUGCAUGAUGAUGAGAGGGCUGACGCACUAAUCUUCCUGAAGGAGCAGUGCAAGCUGCUGACAAAGAAGAGCAAUGGCGUGCGGUAUUCUGCAGAGCUUUUAGUUUUUAGCAGUAUAUUGCACACAAUUUCUCCACAUGCCUACAAGUUUUUUCGCCACAGCAACAAGCUUGUCUUGCCGCAUGACACUACCAUCAAGCGAGUUUGUGCUGCACAUGAUGUGAGCCCAUCGAAAGAGCAGUGCGAAGAAGGUUUUCUGAGGUACAUUAAGCGCAGAGCAACCAUUCUGAAGCCUCAUGAAAAAAAUGUGACUGUCAUGCUUGAUGAAAUACACCUGCAACAGUUUUUUGAAUAUAAAGGUGGCUGCCUAACAGGGUUUGCUGCGCAUUGUGCGGAACCAGCAAAGACAGCGCACGUGUUUAUGGUAAAGCCUAAAAAAACGGAUGGACCACCGCUCCCCAAGAAACUAUCACCAACCGCUGCAGAGGACACCGUGCAAGCUAACCCUGCGACGCAGCCGCGCGUUGAAAAGCACAAUGAGCUCCAGAGGACUCCUAGCACCCUCGACCGAAAAUCAUCUGUCACGACGGACCAGGCACUUGAUACCAUCAUGCAGCUCCUCGAGAAACUGAACUCCCGCAUGGAAGCAAUUGAGCGAGCCAUGGCGCAACAGGAACAAGUAAUUAUGCAACACAAAGAAGUAAAUGAGCAGGAAAUCGCACAAAUUAAAGCGACCGCAGAUGAAUGCAAGAGGAACUACCGGCGCGCCCGCAACCGCAGCAGGGAAUAA